GGUCGUCCGUGAGCAUUUACGGUGGGGGUGUGGCCCGGCCGGUGUCAGACUGCGUGGCCGGACGUCGGCGCCAUGGAGGAGUACGCUCGGGAGCCUUGCCCAUGGCGAAUUGUGGAUGAUUGCGGUGGCGCCUUCACUAUGGGUGUUAUCGGCGGUGGAGUCUUCCAGGCCAUUAAGGGCUUCCGCAAUGCCCCUGUCGGAAUUCGGCACCGAAUGAGAGGCAGUGUCAAUGCUGUGAGGAUCCGAGCCCCUCAGAUUGGAGGUAGCUUCGCAGUGUGGGGGGGCCUGUUCUCCACCAUCGACUGCGGUCUGGUGCGGCUGCGGGGCAAGGAAGAUCCCUGGAACUCCAUCACCAGUGGAGCAUUGACCGGGGCUGUGCUGGCUGCCCGCAGUGGCCCAUUGGCCAUGGUGGGCUCAGCAAUGAUGGGAGGCAUUCUGUUGGCCCUCAUCGAGGGUGUUGGCAUCCUCCUCACUCGCUACACCGCCCAGCAGUUCCGCAAUGCGCCGCCAUUCCUGGAGGACCCCAGCCAGCUGCCCCCUAAGGAGGGUACCCCGGCCCCAGGCUACCCCAGCUAUCAGCAAUACCACUGAGGAAGUGACCGCCUGUCAUCGCCACCGUGGGAGCUCCUCCUUGGUUCCCUCCGCGAUGAUCUACCUCGGAAGGGAGGGCUGGCUCCCAGGUGGCCCUGGGACCCUCCAGAGAGGGCCUCUACUCUGUUCCCUUAUCCCAGGUUGGGGGUGGGGCACCCCAGCUGCCCUGAUGGAUGGGUCCCUUCUCUCUCAGGCACCCCAGCCCCCACUCAUAUGUAACAAGCUCUCACCCCAGUCCCUUUGCAUUGCGCCCUGAUCAGUAUUUAAAGCCAGUUUUGAAAUGCC